AAAAAAAAAAAACAACGAAGAGACGGUUUUCUCCAAAAGAAGGGUUUUUCCCGGUGCCAGGAGGAGAAAUGGUGAUUGAGGAGAUCAAGCAGAAUUAACUGACGAUCGAAGGAAAGUGUUACGAAACAAGACACUUAUCUUCCACCUAUAUCUCUAGUAUAAACAGGACUUAUAUGGAUAGAUUUCAUCUGAUAAUAACCCUAAACCCGUAAACUUUAAACAGCGCAAGAAUUUUCACAGAGGAGUAAUUAUUUUCGGAAGGACAAUAGCGGUAUUGUCAGUCACUGUUUGGACUGGGACAAUUCACAAAUGGUUACAAUGUGAGUUAUGAAUAUUAAUGAAAACAGAGGAACACUAAACAAAGAAACCUGAGCUGGAUUUAGGAAGGAAGGUAUAAAGUGACAGCCAUGAAACAAAAGAAGUCAGUAGUAAGUUGUCCUCGAAGACAUUUAAAACAAACAAAACAGCACGAUGAAAAUUCCGGCACAGAAAAGACAGAGGUAUCCCAGAGAAAUCGUGGAAGUAAUCCAAAAAUAAAGAAAGAAACCAUAGUUAUUCCCGCAGCUUCUAACGAGAAAGAUUACAACCACGAAGAUCUGGACACUAGUGAAUCUGACCAACUGGGCAAUAGUGUCAGUGAAGUGGUAAUAGUUGAAGAGAGCCGAACCAAUAAAAUUAAUGGUUCAAUCAGUGAAUCCAGUCAGGCGAUAGAACAUUCAGGGAUAAACGACAGUGAAAACUUAAGUGCUGAAGAAGUUUUAAAGAGUGAUAUACAUCUAGAAGCAAGGAGUAAAAAUUCCUCAGAAAGCCAGUUAAUGACAUACACAGAAAACAAAAAUACUGAUGUUAAAACGGAUUCAGAUGACAACAACGUGGAUAGCGCUGUAGAAAAGAACUUCACACCAGAAUCGAAUAAGAAGGAUAUGAACGAUAUUUGCGAAAUGAAAGGCAAUAUGAACGACCUUAACACAAUAGUCGAAGAAAGCGAAGAGAAAGCAGAAACUAGGAAUUCCAGCAGGAGUUCUUACAAAAAGUCUUCAAACAAAAGUACGCAACUACGUAGAUCCAGCGGUACUUUCAUGUCCUCACCUAGAAGAUCUAGCAGACAUUCAUUUUCUUGUGUAGAGGACAAAAAAUUAUUGAAAGAAAAACAGGAUCUAAGGAGAUCACACUCAGCAGUGGAAAGACCUAAGUCGAAAAUGAAUAGGUCCCACAGUGACCCGUUCAAGUUCACAAAGGCCGAACUGGAAUGGUACUUGCCAAGAAAGAGCUUUUUUGAUUGCCAUGAUAAAGCAUUGAAAGACGCUGGCUUGGAAACUGCUGAGACCACGAACAGAAUGGAGCAAAUGAAACAACGAGUUGCUGAAAAGAUUAGAAAGGAAAGAGAAAUGAGAGAAAGACGUCAGCAGCUCGAAAACCCCGUCCCAGAAGAACAAGCUGCCGAGAAUACAGUGGCUCGGGAAAUCAUCCAAGAAACAACUCAGGACAAUAAAAGUGAGUGUGACGUGGACACAAAGAGUGAAAUUGACAAAAACGAGGAUGAGGAUGAUACCGUGAUAUCAAAACUACAAGAGGCACAGACGUCUCCGAACAAACCGACAAGUUCUAGAAAAAUCUCGAGACAAAAGAAAAAGGCACUUGGUGACGAUGAAGACGACGUUCGUGUAGACUAUCAACCUCUUCUUUAUUAUCUCAAGUACGUUCAGGAGCACCCCGAAGAAUUUUAUUCUCAUCGGAAACAGAGUGCUCAGCAAGAGCACGUUGGAUCUCGCGCUAGUCCUUGGAUCGUUCGUCUAGCAGAAAUCACCAACCGAAGAAACAUGAACACCGCCCAGUGCUUAACGACACAUAGUGCAGUAGUGGAGGCUGCACGUGACAUUCGGCCACGGACGACUGAUCCUGGUCAGUGGACCAUGUCUCAGAAAGAGAGGUCACUUUUAGGUAGCAUUGCACCAGGGAAGGGAAAUGUAUUCACUGCAAUAAAGCAGGAUCUUCCAACACAUGAUUCACAAAACCAAGACGACGGAAAGUCAGACUUUGAGAAAGAGAAAAUGAAACUAGAGAAAUGGCUUAAAACUGUUUCUACGGCCGGAUUAAUGAAAGCAAAAGAACUUGCGUUACGUGAACUUGGGGAGGAAGAUAGUUAUCAGACGAAGUGGUGGUCAACCUUGCAAACUUGUUCUUAUCUUAGACAAAAAGGAAUUAACUCCAACUAGUGAAACUAGUCAUUUUCUAGCAUUUGGAAAUAUUAGUCCGUCCAAUGUAUUUACAUGUAUUUCAUUACGUUAAAUUCGUAAUGAAUAUUACUGUACAUUUUUUUCAAUGGU